GAGACCGUAGAUCAAAAAAACCUCGCCUUGACCGAACAUUCAAUAUCUGCCAAACCCUUAUACAACCAUUCAAUGUGGCUCCAACUCUGGCUAAUCAAAUUCCGGCCCUCAUUAAUUCGAAUCUUUUCUGCAAGUUACCCGUUGCCCAGGACGAGAACAUAAGAUAUCCAGAACUUGAUCCGUAUGUUUACUGUAAUGAUAGAGACUCCGUAAGUGCUUUAUCGCUGCAAAUCAGCACUGUUCUCUCAAGCCGCUUCCAGGAUCGCGUUAGGCGUGGCGGUUCGGAGGAUAUGAUGCACUGGGUUAUGGACACAUUGGUUACGGAAGUACUUGGAACUUUGGCGGAGCAUCUCAAUGAUGCACUACCAAUUGAUAUGGAUCGGAACAAAAAGGACACGGGAACAACGACAAAAGGCAAUGAUAGACCAGAUUUCCUUUGCAUGCUGAAGGAUGUCCUCCUAUUCAAGGGUGAGGAGAAACCCAACCAGGAAGAAUUUGGCUCCGCCAGGAUGGAACUCUUGACAAAGUUUAAUUGGUUCGAUCCUCUGUCGUUCGGAACCAUAAGAUUCAUGAUCUGUUACGCGGCAGCCGGCCCAAAAAUAAGAUUCUUUGCCCUCGACGGUAGUGCUAGACCUUGCACUCUGACCGAACUAACACCAAAACUCGACCUCAGCACCCCGCUUAAUCGGAUCAAAGUUAUACAGACUGUCAUUAAUAUCGCGCGGAUCCUCGUGACUAUUGUUCCAGUUCUCCCCCAAUCGCCUAUUCCUUUGGGUCUACGGAUGAAGUCAGACGAAACGACUAUCACUUUUUUGGAAACUUUGGUCGUGAAGGAAAUGCCGUCUGACUAUCUCCCAUAUGCCAACAAUGUGAAGACGCGUGUACGUUUCCUGUCAAAUAUGUACAAAGAUGCCAAAGGUCACCGAGGGCUUGUUCAGGCCGUAAAAGUCAAUGCGGAAAAAGGGGUAUACAAGGUUACGAUGCAAACCCGAGGCCUCCCAUUCCAGCCAGCAAACGAACGCGACCUUCAGGCUAUGAUUAGAAGUGUACUUACUGGACUUGUCCGGUUGCAUGAUAAAAAAUAUGUUCACCGUGACAUUCGCCUUCCCAACAUCUUAUACGCUCCAAAUGCACAUGCUGGCUAUCACUACGUCCUCAUCGACUUCGAACAUGGAGGUCAAGAUGGAGAAAUAGUCCCCGACAUCUUAAAGGACUGGGAUGACAACACGUUGCAUCAUGGCAAAUACAACAUGUAUUCAGAUUUAUAUCAGUUGGGGAAAAUAUUGGACACAUUCCCUAGGUUGUUAUCUCCUCUUGGGGUGAAUAUGGCACAACAAUUAAGCAAUAAGCAGCUGAAUGCGAAACAGUUACUUAGUCACCAGUGGAUCCAGGCAUAUGUAAAUACCCUCCCAGCUGCACAGAGGUAA